GUGCGGUGCGGUGCGGUGCAGUGCAGGAUGGCGUCGGGGGCCGCGGGGCUGCUGGCGGCGGUGGCCGCGCUGCUGUGCGCCGUGCCGGAGCCCGGCGUGAGGGCGGCGGCGGCGGUGUGGACGGCGUGGCUGAACGUGUCGUGGGAGGAUGGUGCGGGAGGCAACCGGAGCGGCUGGGAGGCGGGCGAGAGCGGCCUGUACGGGCAGGACUCGCCGCUGCAGGCGGCCGCGGGGCUGCUGGUGUUGCCCGACGGCCGCGACGCCUUCAACGCCUGCAGCGCGCUCACCAACUUCAGCUCGGCACCCGUCGGCGGCUCGGGUUGGGUCGCCCUCAUCCAGCGCGGCGGCGGCUGCAGCUUCGCCGAUAAGAUCCGCCUGGCCGCCGAGCGCGGCGCCGCCGCCGCCGUUAUCUACAACUACCGCGGCACCGGCAACGACGUGCUGCCCAUGUCCCACGCCGGUGCAGGAAGCAUCGUUGCCAUUAUGAUUGGCAACCUGAAAGGCAUGGAGAUCCUGCGCCGGAUUGAGAGUGGCCUGAAAGUGACCAUGGUUAUUGAAGUGGGCAAAAAGCAUGGUCCCUGGAUGAACCACUAUUCCAUCUUCUUUGUCUCCGUGUCGUUUUUCAUCGUCACAGCAGCAACUGUGGGCUACUUCAUUUUUUAUUCUGCUCGCAGAUUCAGGAUCACGAGGGCCCAGUCCAGGAAGCAGCGACAACUGAAGGCUGAAGCCAAGAAGGCCAUUGGACAGUUACAGCUGCGCACCCUGAAGCAAGGAGACAAGGAAACUGGUCCUGAUGGAGAUAGCUGUGCCGUGUGCAUUGAGCUGUACAAGCCAAAUGAAGUAGUGCGCAUCUUGACUUGCAACCAUCUUUUCCACAAGAACUGUAUUGAUCCUUGGCUUUUAGAACACAGGACGUGCCCCAUGUGCAAAUGUGACAUUCUCAAAGUUCUAGGCGUUGAGGUGGACGCAGAAGAUGGGGCAGAGUCUGUGCAAGCCACAGUAUCCAGUGGGACUUCAAAUGUCACUUCAAUUAAUGAAGUGGACAGCCACAGUGAAACUGCAUCAUCUGGAUAUGCUUCUGUGCAAGGAGCAGAUGAAUCAGUUCUGGAGGAACAGGCAGCAUCAGAAAAUGACAACACACAUCUUGUAAAUAAUGAAUCUCAGACUUCAGCUGCGGCUGUUCUUCCUCCCCUUGACAACCCAACUUUUGAGGCGGACGAAACACAAGUUUCUGAAGUUAGGUCCUAAGAAUGUGCCCAGCAACACGGUAUAAGCCUUCUGCAAGGAGCUGCCUACUGCCAUCGCAUGUACACCACGCGUUUGAAGAACCCAGUGGAUGAC